AUGCAAUAUCUGGAAUUUGCAGAAAAACCUGGAAAAAGGAGAAACCAAUUACCUGGCAUUUCAAAUUGGUUUGAAUGGUCAUGGCCAAUUACUGGAGAGUAUGCUGGUUAUAUUCAAGCGAGAGAUAUUGCAAAUCUUGGCGCCUGGACGAAUUUUUCUCCAAAGAAACUGGAAAAAUUACAAUCAAAAACAAUCAAAAAACCAGAUCCCAAUGUAUCAACGUCUUCAAUACCUAAAAAUCCUUGGACAGUUCCAUUGCCAAAUGAUACAGUUUUAGAUAACACAAAUUUAUCAAGCCAUGAUCCCUAUUCAGACGAAAGAAAAAAUUCAGCUAAAGACAGAAAUAAAGUAAUAUUGGAUCCAAGCUUGCAAUUUUUGUUUUGGCCAUUAGCUUGUGGGUGGGCAUUGAAAUCUGCGCAAAAAUAUGGAAAAAAAGGGAGUGGUAAACGUAUUUCUAAGAAAGUGUGGAAUCUCCUGCAAGAAUAUUUUUUGGAGGGUAAUGUUAAUAAAAGUGAAAGGCAUACGGCGGAAAGUAUGCUUGCCCGGCUAAAGAAAAAUGUGGAAGACGGCGUAAUUGAAGAAGAAGAAGUACCAAAAUUAGAGACUAUACGUAAUUGGAUAUCUCGUUAUACAAGUCAACACCGCCAAGAGUCAGCAAUAGUAGCUCAAGCAUCUAAGAUAUAA